GGAUGACUGUCUUGAGCAGUAGCUCUUAUGUGAUUAGGGUAGAAACUGAUCCAGAAAAUAUCAUUAGCCGGGACGCAGAUCAAACUAUAUUUAAGGCUUGAUGACAAGUAUGAGUUCUCAGAGCCUGCCCGGAUCCAGAGUUUGGUAAAGAAUUACUCGCAAAUUUUUCCAACAUCAAAUUUUUCUAAAAGAACUGUUGUAUUAUUCACUAAAUCACUGUACAAUUUCAAUCUUGCUACAUCUCUUUUGUUAUAACUACUGGCGCCGGACCUUCUUUUUUGUAGGAAGCUCACAGACAAAGUUGCAGUUGCUGGCUUCUUUGUUGUGGCUUCUUUUGCAGACAUUAUUUAUUUAUAAUGGGUUGAUGUUAAACAAGGAAGGGUAUGCUUCUAUAGGAGGUGGUUCACCCUUGCGUAAGAUGACAGAUGAGCAGGCAAAUGCACUGAAAAUGGCUUUGGAAUCAAAGGACAUGCCGGUGAAUGUCUAUGUGGGAAUGCGGUACUGGUUCCCGUUCACUGAGGAAGCAGUUCAUCAACUUCGGGACUCAACAAAUACAUGUAACCCUUUAUAUGACUGCAAUUGCUUCCCAGUCCACUUUGGUGCAAAAACCUAUUGUCAAGAAAAUGGCCUGGAGGUUAGGUUAUCAGGGUCAGGAGUAACAGGGAGCCCUCCUACAACAGUCACCCACAAUGUUGAAUAUUGAUUGGAGAUGUAGGGUUAUUCUUUACUGCAGUGCGUACUGAUAUCCAAUUUAUGCUACUGAUGGAAAUGUACUUUGGAAAUGUACUUUGGUGGGUUAAUUUAUGCAAUGUACUUUGGUGGGUUAAUUUAUGCAAUGAGGAAUUGAUCUUAUAAUUAAUCUGCCUUUU